CAGCCCACACCGCCCUGCCCCACCGUUGCCGUCCCAGCCCCACAGUUGAAGCCCUUCAACUUCGACCACAACCACCAGUCUGCUGCGCGCACACAGAUCCGUCCAUCCACCACGAGUAAAAGAUACAGGCCGACUACGCCGGUGGCGACGUGGACGCGAGACCCCGGCGACGUGCCUCUCACGCGGGCCCCGACGUGGCGGCCCCGCUCCAGAGUGUUCUCGCGCCGUCCCCCGACGGCCCCGAUCGAUCGGCCCCCGCAUCGGACGGCCGGAGGGCACCGCUCGGCUCCUAUAUAGCCGCCCCUCCCGGGCGUUCCGUUUACCCUGUUCCCAGCGCAUCGGGAGAAAAAAUUCUUCUCGUCUCUUCUUCCCCGCAGUCCGGAUUCCCAACCAGGUUCCAGAGAAACCCCCCGUCCGAUUCGCGAGAUGGCGGAGCAGCCCAACCCCCAGCCCCAAGUAGAGGAGAAGGAGGUGGUGGUGGAGCAGCAGCAGGAGGAGCCGAAGAGGGCCCCCAAGCUGAGGUACCUGGAUUUCGUCCAUGUGGCGGCGGCGCAGGCCGCGGUGUGCCUCGCGGGGCUCUACGGGCUCGCCAAGGGCCACGCCGGCCCGCUCCGCCCCGGCGUCGACGCCGUCGAGUCCGCGGUGAAGGGCCUCGUCGGCCCCGUCUACGACCGCUUCCACAGCGUGCCCCUCGACGUCCUCGCCUUCGUCGACCGCAAGGUGGACGACACCGUGCACGGGCUGGACAAGCACCUCCCUGGCGCGUUGAAGGCCGCGUCGGCGCAGGCCUACGCGGUGGCCCGCGGCAUUCCGGAGGUGGCCCGCGAGCUGGCCGCCGAGGCGCAGCAGUCCGGCGUGAAGAGCGCGGCCCGCGCGGCGCUGGCCAAGGUGGAGCCCGUGGCCAAGGACGUGUACGGGCGCGUUGAGCCGGUGGCCACGGACCUGUACGUGCGCUACGAGCCCGCGGCGGAGCACCUCGCCGUCUCCACCUGGCGCUCGCUGAACGGCCUCCCGGUGUUCCCGCAGGUCGCGCAGAUCGUCGUGCCCACCGCCGUGUACUGGGCCGAGAAGUACAACAAGGUUAUCGCCGCCGCGGCCAACCAGGGCUACACCGGAGCCAAGUACCUCCCGGCCAUCCCCACCGAGCGCAUCGCCAAGGUGUUCUCUUCGUCGACGUCGGAGUCGGAGCCGUUGGCCGAGACCCAGUAGUGAGUAGUGUGUUGGUGCCUUCAGCGCGUUAGCAUUACCCCCUGGUUUUCCCUCCAACUGAACUGAAUAAGACAGUGAGAAUCCGGGGGGCUAAAGAUGGUGGUAAUGUUGUGCUAGAUAUGGUGAUGGGGCGCUGUCUCAGGGACCAUGAUGAUGUUGCUGUACUCCAGUAGUCCACUAGCUCUGCUUUGUGUGGUGCACUGCGUCUUGCUUUUUGUAUAAAAUUUCGUUCGAUGUCGCAAUCUCUUGCUAACUCGAUGCGAUUAGGUU